AUGGCACCCUCAAAGCGAAGAAAGACUGGUGGCUCUAAGCCAAAAGCUCAAGAUAAGAGAGCAAGGGUCGGGCCACUGCCUGUGACAGUCCUCUCAGGGUUUCUGGCAAGCAGCGGCAGUGGGAAAACAACCCUUCUUCGUCACAUCCUCCAGUCACCGGACCAUGGUUUGCGCAUCGCCGUGAUAGUGAACGAUAUGGCAGCCGUCAAUGUCGAUGCCAAUCUCGUAACACGAUCGACGGAAUCAAGAAGCAAGAAAGACGAUGGGGAGAUCCGUAUCAAGGAGAAGGUUAUACAAAUGCAGAACGGGUGCAUCUGCUGCACGCUUCGAUCUGAUUUGCUCACUGAAUUGGCAAGGCUAGCCUGGAGUGACGCUGGAUUUGAUCACGUCGUUAUCGAGAGCUCUGGUAUCAGCGAGCCCCAGCAAGUGGCGGAGACAUUCACUACGGAACUCACUGAGGCUAUGAUUGAUGCCGAGGGGAUGGAGACUGAGGAGAAGGAGAUCUUUGCCAAAGUAGCGAAGCUUGGUGGUCUAAAGACAAUUGCCAGCGUCGACACCAUGGUCACAGUCGUCGAUGCCUUCCGUUUCUUCUCCGAGUUCGAUACCGCUGAAUUCCUCCAAGACCGCUUCGGCCGCGAAGAAGUACCAGACGAAGACCAACGCACCAUCUCCGACCUCUUCGCCGACCAAAUCGAAUUCGCCAACGUGAUCAUCAUCAACAAGAUUGAUGCUGUCGACAAGUCGACACUAGGCAGAGUCAGAGCAUAUGUCAAGACACUGAACCCCACAGCAAAGAUCAUCGAGUCGAAGUUCUCCAAGGUCGAUGUCAAAGAGAUGCUAAAUACGGGUGUCUUCAACUUCGCCGAAGCAGUCGCCAGCCCGGGUUGGCUGAGGAGUCUGCACGAGAUGACCGUCAUGGAUGUCCAGGGCAGAAAACGCGUAGCGCCCAAGCCAGAGACCCUCGAGUACGGCAUUGGUAGUUUUGUCUACCGCGCUCGUCGCCCCUUCGAUCCUCUCAAACUCUACCGCCUUAUCGAGGGAAAGUUCAUCCUGCUUCAAGAAGAGCCUGAAGACGACGAGGAGGAAGACGAAGAUGAAGACGAGGGUGAGGAUGAUGAUAAUAAUGCAAGCAGCGCCGGCUCCGCAUCCGACGAGGACACGGCCUCGGCAGGGUCCGACUCCGACAAGAUAACCGACGGCGGCGAGGACAAGCCUCCCAUGUCCGACAAAGAGAUCCUUGCAAGCAAGAAAGCUUCACCUUACUUCGCCGGUCUGCACCGCAGCAAGGGCAUCUUCUGGCUCGCGACCCGCCCCUUCCAGAUGGGCUCUUGGUCGACCGCCGGUGCCAUGCUCACCCUCGGCUCUGAGAUGGCGUGGUUCUGCUGCAUGCCUGAGGAAGACUGGAAUGCGGAUGCCGAAACUGUGGCCGCUAUUCGAAAGGACUUCGAAGGCGAGUGGGGCGAUCGAAGACAGGAGCUAGUCUUUAUUGGUGAGGGCUUGGACGUCGAGGGCUUGACGAAGAUGCUCGACGCGUGUCUUCUGAGCAGGGCGGAGAUGAGGAAGUGGGAGAAGGUCAUGUUUGAUGGGAAGACCGAUGCGGAGGUCAAGCAAGAGAAGCUGCAGGAGUUGUGGGAUGAUGGUUACUGGGCUGAGUGGGCAUCGGUGGAAGAAGACGAUCAUGAUCACGAGGGACAUCAUCACCAUUGA